UUGCUUCUUUUUUUAAUGCUUGUGGAUGGAGUUUUUUUUAGCAUCAAAAUACUUUGAUAUGAAUGAUUCUGUGAGAUAAAAUGAGUGUAUAAGAUGUUCCUUUCCUUUGCGUGGAUAACAGAAUCAGACAAAGUGAAAAAAUGGAAAUUUAAGCUGAGCCUUCAGGUACUCCUUUCCAUGUUUCGACUUGCAGGAGCUCAUAGUAACUGAAAAAAAGAAGGAAUGACAUGAUAAUAUAUGCAUUUACACCAGCAAGUGAGCCUAACUCUCCGUCAUGCUCAGUCUUGUGAUGAGGUGUGGUUAGUCACUUUCAUAUUACUCAGCCAGCAAUGUGCCAACUUGUUACUCAGACAGAAAUAGGCCUGAAUGUGACCGCGUCCUUUGCGUGUUCGUGCAUGCAGCUCUCUUCUUUUGUUCAAUCUCCCUCCAAUGUAUAUGCUACACUUGGGCUUUGCUUUACAAGCUGUGCAAAAAUGUCAGGACAGUUGAAUUCCUUUUAAAUCCUGCAUUCCCAUUUGUAUGCCAAAGCAGAAAUCUUGCUCUUGCGGUCAUGAUCUCCAUAUCGAUAGGCAGGAAGAGUAAGAGUGGGCGACAGUUGGUUCUGUUAGGCCUCGUAUUAGUCAGAGCAAAGGGAAAGAUGACCUUUCCGUGCUGUUUAUUUUGGGAAGGCAACAGGAAGAAUGCUGGAGCAGCUGCUCUAUUCCUACUGGCAGAUCCCACCCCUGUGAAUUCCAGUCUGCUACUGCAUGACACUCCUCUUACCGAACCAGGGGGCUUCUUGGAUGUAUCCAAGCACUGUACAGUGUAAAUAACACCUCGUCAGAAUCAUCAAAGUUGUUAUGGCAAUAAGCUCUGCAACACACUAACACACACACACACUGUAAGGUUUCAGCCGCCAAUUAUUUCCUAUCAGACUUGCCUGCCAUGCAGGAGGAACAGUUCUGUUUAUGAGGAAGUCGGCCUGCUGUAUCUGCACAUAGUGUAGACGUCCGACCUGUUGCGUGAUUAUCAAUGUCACCUGUCUGCCACACGCUCUCUUUCCUUGCUCAUUAUGCAUCUUAACCAGUCGAGCAAGGCUCUCGUGUAACACAAACGGCUAUCUCUUACUUUCUGAGACAGACACGCUCCCUACAAUGGCGAGCCUUCCCAAAGAGCCGCCGGAGGAUGUCAAGAAACAGAGCUUCUGGAUGCCAGGAAAUUAUGUGCCUACAGUGCACCGAACUCAACAGUCCUUCCAGGCCUGCAACGACAUUGUGGCCUGUUUCACAGAGAGAGCAAAAGUAGAGAAACAGUACGCCCAGCAGCUCAGCCAAUGGAGCAGCAAGUGGAAGUCCAUAGUGGAUUCUCGACCACUUUAUGGCUCCCUCAUGAGGGCAUGGCAAUGUUUCUUCACCUCCACCGAGCGUUUGUCCGCCCUCCACUCCUCCAUAUCCCAGUCCCUCAUGGUGGAGGAAGGCGGCCGCGUGAAAACCUGGCAGAAGGAGACCUUUCCAAAGAAACUAUUUUGUGGGUUCAGGGAGAGCCACAACAACAACACAAGUUUUUCUCGUGCGCAGAAACCCUGGUCCAAAAAGAUGACGAAGCUGGAGAAGGCCCGCGUUGUGUAUCACAAGUCCUGUCAGAGGGAGCAAACAGCCCUCGACAAAGAAAAACAAGCUAACGAAAACUCUGAGAUGAGUCCAGAGAAAAAGCAGAAAAUCACAGAGGCCAGAGAGAUGGUCUCAGAGGACAAAGAAAAGAUUAGAGACCGCUAUGAGAAACUGCUGGAGGAAGCGACGUCUUACACACCUCGCUACAUGGAGGAGAUGGAAGCCAUUUUUGAAGAGUCCCAGGAGGAGGAGAGGAAGAGGAUCAGCUUUCUGAAGCAGGCCUUCCUCUCCAUCCACAGACAUCUUGAUAUCACCAACAAUGAGAGUGUGAAGGCGGUGUACAGUGAGCUCCACCACACUCUGAUGUCCAUCAAUGAGCAAGAUGAUCUGAAAUGGUGGAAGAACAACCACGGUCCUGGCAUGCCCACCGACUGGCCAAAGAUUGAUGAAUGGGUCCCACCAAUAAAAAAGCUAGAUAGAAAGAAAAGAGACAAGAUGAAAAUAAAAGAGAAUCGACCUGUGAUGAUCGGGGGUGUGAAGGUGCGAGCUAUGUAUGACUACAUGGGAGAGGAGGGCGAUGAGCUGUCCUUUAAAGCAGGUGAAGUGUUCCUGAAGGUCGAGGAGGAGGAUGACCAGGGUUGGUGUCGAGGAGUCCUGAGCGGAGGGAAAGAGGGCUUCUACCCAGCAAAUUACGUUGAAGUUGCAGAGUGACGUCAUACUGUCUAAUAGACUUUGUCCUAAACUUAUUUCUUACAGUUAGUUACAAAUCUUCCAAAAAUAACAAUUAUUGUUAUACAAUAUAGUUUGUAACUCCGAUAUAAUCUGUUCCCAGCCACUUUGAAAUGUAAAAUUUGUUAAGGCCUUAAUAUUCUAACCUACUUUGGUUUGAGUGCUUCUGCAAUAUGAAUUAUCCAAGACUAGAUGUACUGUUUGUGCAGGAGCCGUAUGUGUAUAUGUGCGAGUGUGUACGUGUGUUUGCAUGCAUGUGUGCGCGUUCAGAUGAAACAAAAAAGAACAAGAGAGGAUAUUUAUUUACUGCCAUCAUGUUUGAGUCAUUAGGUCAUUACAAUGAAAACAGCGGAUAACGAUACAUGGCGAUGACCCAGGAACAGGUUACAAUGAUGGGAGCACACAAGGUUAAUGUUUACUCAAUAAGUAUUAUGUAGAGGCACAUAGAAGUUACUUUGACUAAGGGAAUUGAUUUUCAAAAUAAAAGUGUAGUUGUUUUGCCUCUAAUCCAUCUGAUUGACAGUGUUUUUUGUUGCCAUGCUCUGUGCAUGCGCGUGCGCGCGUGUGUGUGUGUGUGUGUGUGUGUGGCAGUUGGUUGGUCCACCACGUUGGUUCAGACUGAAAUAUCUCAACAACUAUCAAAUGGAUUUUGAACAGUCAUUCAUGGUGCACCGAGGAUGAACCCUGAUGACUCUAUUGAUCCUAAUGACCCCGACUUUUCAUCGAGCCCACCAGCAGGUUAAAGUUAGUUAGCACAUGUUAGCAUGCUAAAACGCUAAACUAAGAUGAUGGACGUGGUAAACACUGUACCGGCUAAAUCAGCCAUACCAGUUUGUUAGCAUUGGCAUCUGUGUGCAUGUGCUGAUGUUAGCAUUUGACUCAAAGCUGCACUGUACCUAAGUAUAGCCUCACAGAGGCGCUAUCGUGUCAACAACACAAAGGGAAAAAGACCAGAUAAAAAGCUAAAACAUACAUGUGUAAACAUGUGCCAUCAUUUUCAAAUACACUUAAAAUGUUUCAAUUGUAUAUUAUCUUUUUUUAUUAUUAUAUAUUUUGUGAUUAGGGAAUGUAUUGUAAAUAUAGACGCAUUUAAUUACAUGAAGCAAAUGGAGGACAAAAGAAAUUUGUUCAAAAUAUGCUUUUUAGUUUGUUUCUUUUUUGAUCAAGUUCUUUGGUACACAGAAGUCUUGUAGAUUGGGAUUAGCAUUCCUAGAAUAAACGUAACAUUGUAUUACAUUACAGAUGCUAUUAACUUAAAUGAUAAUAAUAACAUAAUGACAUAAUAGCAUGUCAUUGUCAUUAAUUUCACUAGCAAGGUAUAUAUGUACAUUCAAUAUGUUUACAGUAUAGUCUGUAUAUUAUUUUACUUUGAAAAACAUAAAAAUCAUCUUGACCAUCAA